GAAUGUGAUUGGUGUCAGGUCGUCCAGUGUCCCUGAGUUAAUGGCUUCUCCUGCUACACACGGAGACAGCGCAAGCAAGCUGUACAGGGGGGAGCAGACAGAAAAACACUAACUACACCCCGGGUAGAACGUUAGCGCUCUGGUUGCAGGUUUGAGAGAAAGGCGCACUGGGUUGUAUUUGAGGCCUUGUGUUGAAGCGUGAAGCGGACGGUCGAGGAACGCUUUCUGUAUUUUAACAACUGACUCCCCAAAUGAACUCCGUCAGAGCCACCAACCGGAGACCCAGGCGAGUCUCAAGGCCGCGCCCGGUGCAGCCCGACCGGAACGAGGGGGACCAAGCAGAUGAGGAGGCUCCGGCUGCAGCGGCGGAGGUGGCUGUGGAGGAGUCAGGACCUGCAGCGGGGAACAGCCCCUACCAGCUCAGACGCAAGUCUCUACUGCCCAAGAGGACAGCCUCUAGCACAGCAGCCGCCUGCCCUAGCAAGACUGCUAUGGAGGGAGCGUCGACCUCCACAACAGAACCCUUCAGCCACCGAGCCAAACGGGCCAGGGUCUCCGGGAAGAGCCACGACCUGCCCGCGGCCCCCGCGGAGCAGUACCUGCAGCAGAAGCUUCCGGAUGAGGUAGUUCUGAAGAUCUUCUCGUAUCUCCUGGAGCAGGACCUGUGUCAGACAGCCUGCGUCUGCAAACGCUUCAGCCAGCUGGCCAACGACCCUAUUCUCUGGAAGCGUCUUUACAUGGAGGUGUUUGAGUACACGCGUCCCAUGAUGCACCCUGAGCCAGGCAGGUUCUACCAGGUCAGCCCGGAGGAACACGACCAUCCCAACCCCUGGAAGGACAGCUUCCAGCAACUGUACAAAGGAGCCCAUGUGAAGCCUGGCUUUGCUGAACAUUUUUACAGCAACCCUGGGAGGUACAAAGGCAGGGAGAAUAUGCUGUACUAUGACACAAUAGAGGACGCUUUGGGAGGGGUUCAGGAAGCUCAUUUUGACGGCCUGAUCUUCGUCCACUCUGGGAUCUACACUGACGAGUGGAUUUACAUAGAGUCCCCCAUCACCAUGAUAGGAGCAGCUCCUGGUAAGGUGUCGGAUAAGGUGGUGAUUGAAAACACCAGAGACUCAACAUUUGUCUUCAUGGAGGGAUCAGAGGACGCUUACGUGGGAUAUAUGACCAUAAGGUUUAACCCGGAAGAUAAAUCAGCCCAGCACCACAACGCCCACCACUGUCUGGAGAUCACAGUAAACUGUUCCCCCAACAUAGACCACUGUAUCAUCAGAUCUACCUGCACAGUGGGCUCGGCUGUGUGUGUGAGCGGCCAGGGGGCGUGUCCUACUAUCAAACACUGCAACAUCAGCGACUGUGAGAAUGUUGGACUUUACAUCACUGACCAUGCACAGGGUAUCUAUGAGGAUAAUGAGAUCAGUAAUAAUGCGCUGGCGGGGAUCUGGGUAAAAAACCAUGGCAACCCUAUCAUCAGACGAAACCAUAUCCACCACGGCCGCGACGUAGGAGUCUUCACCUUCGACCACGGCAUGGGUUAUUUUGAGAGCUGUAACAUUCACAGGAACCGUAUAGCAGGCUUUGAGGUCAAGGCGUAUGCUAACCCUACAGUGGUUCGGUGUGAGAUCCAUCAUGGACAGACAGGUGGCAUCUAUGUACAUGAAAAAGGACGAGGACAGUUUAUAGAAAACAAGAUCUAUGCCAACAACUUUGCUGGAGUCUGGAUCACCUCCAACAGCGACCCUACGAUACGGGGCAAUGCCAUCUUCAACGGUAACCAGGGGGGCGUGUACAUAUUCGGCGAUGGCCGUGGUCUGAUCGAGGGGAAUGAUAUCCAUGGCAAUGCUCUGGCAGGAAUCCAGAUCAGAACCAAUAGCUGCCCAAUUGUACGCCACAACAAGAUUCACGACGGACAGCAUGGCGGAAUCUACGUGCAUGAGAAGGGCCAGGGUGUGAUCGAGGAGAACGAGGUGUACAGCAACACGCUGGCAGGUGUCUGGGUGACCACUGGCAGCACACCGGUCCUCCGAAGGAACCGCAUCCACAGCGGCAAGCAGGUGGGGGUGUAUUUUUAUGACAACGGUCAUGGGGUCUUGGAAGACAACGACAUCUACAAUCACAUGUACUCGGGUGUUCAGAUACGGACGGGCAGCAACCCCAAGAUCAGACGCAACAAGAUCUGGGGGGGACAGAACGGAGGCAUUCUGGUCUACAACUCGGGUCUGGGUUUCAUUGAGGACAAUGAGAUCUUCGACAAUGCCAUGGCAGGUGUGUGGAUUAAGACGGACAGCAACCCCACGCUGCGUCGCAACAAGAUCCAUGACGGGAGGGACGGAGGCAUCUGUAUCUUCAACGGCGGACGAGGUCUCCUGGAGGAGAACGACAUCUUCAGGAACGCCCAGGCAGGAGUCCUGAUCAGCACCAACAGUCACCCGGUACUCCGCAAGAACCGGAUCUUUGACGGCUUCGCUGCAGGGAUUGAGAUAACCAACCACGCCACAGCCACUCUAGAGGGAAACCAGAUCUUCAACAACCGUUUCGGGGGCCUGUUUCUUGCCUCAGGUGUCAACGUCACCAUGAAAGUCAUUCUACACAGAUUCAUCACUCGCCCUUGUAACGAGCCCUGCACAUCUUGUGUGCAUCGUAGAUGGAAACAGAAGACACAUAACAAAAUAAUGAACAACCAGGAUGCCAUCGAGAAGGCCGUGAGCAGAGGACAGUGUCUCUACAAGAUCUCCAGCUACACCUCCUACCCCAUGCAUGACUUCUAUAGGUGUCACACUUGCAAUACGACGGACAGGAACGCCAUCUGUGUGAACUGCAUCAAGAAGUGUCACCAAGGACACGACGUUGAGUUUAUACGACACGAUAGGUUUUUCUGUGACUGUGGAGCGGGAACGCUGUCCAACCCCUGUACCCUGGCAGGAGAACCAACACACGACACAGACACUCUUUACGACUCCGCCCCACCCAUAGAGUCCAACACUCUGCAGCACAACUGAAACCCCGCCCCCUUAUAAUCUACACACACACACUACACAUUCACAACACAUACUACACUCAUGUACAUUGUAAACACACACACACUCAGAACUGCGGCCAGAGAGACUGAAUGUGUUCUCAUCAGCAACAGUACGGAGGAACUCUUGAGGCUCAGAAUGGGUCUGUUGCAUUGGGAGUCUCGUCCUGUGACCUGAGGAGCUGGUCUGUAUUUGACUGGUCUUUUUUUUGGUUCAGUCUGCAAUCGCCCGGUCUACAUAAUGAGAAAGUGACUCUGACUGAAC